UAUAAACAUGCGAAGGCAAUAAAACCACAGGAAAUUUUGCUGUUCGAAAGAGUUAAAGUUACACGUAACACUGCGUAGUUGUACAUAACUAUUGAUACUGUAUACGAAGGCAAGAGUUGGUUAAAGAUUUUCAAGGACAUAAAAGACUUCGAUUUCUAUAUCAAAGAAACACAAAAGGUAACCUACAAUCUUAGACAUAUAAAUAACCCUUGAGACCAUUCCAGCCAAUAUUGCAAAGUUAAUGCACAUUAACAAAUUUCGUCACCCCCUCUACCCUAGUUCAAUGUUGUAAACAGCGCCGAAACAACUUUUGGUAAUUGACAAUGACACAAGCUCAACAUUGAGUGGGGGAGCGGGGGUUUAAGAAGCGCAACAUGAUUCAACAUGGAAUUUAUCAUAAGGGGUAUGUGAAUUUUCUAUGGAGGGAAAGGUAUAGUCUCAACCAGUUAUGUCCAAUAGUAAGACUGUAUGUAACACAUAUAUCAUUGCAGAGUAUGGCACUUUUCAAUAAGAUCUAGACUUGAGUGGGUCAAAUACAGUACAAAAUCUAAAUGCUGCCGCAUUGUCAUGCUAAUGUUGUCUGAUUUCAUCCGUCUGUUCAUUUUGGAUGACAACCUCAUUAUUUCCCGGCUGUUGCCAUUUGCUUUUCACAUUUUUGCGCCGAAUUAAAAUUCUCCGUCAACUUUUUGUUGAAUCUCAUUUUUCGUCACGGAUUUCCCGAAAGAGAAGUAAACUUACGUCAGAUCAGACUCAUGUUAGGCAUACAUUACAGAGUCGUAACAGUUGAUUUGAUUGUGUCAAGACUCAAAUGGGUAAUCUUUUAUAAUAUGAUUACGAUUCCUACCUGGUUCAUCCCUCAAAAAUAAGUAAUUCUUUUCUUCUUCUUUUCUAAAAAAUCAAGAACAAAACAUGAGAAUCUAUUUUGUCUUAUGUUUCACCUUGGCACUGGUUUCCCUUACCCAAGCUAAAGGAUAUGGAAAGAAGGGAUCUACUGACCUGAAAAGAGUCCCACCCCCCAGGACGAUGAAAUAUUGUCAAGUGAGCUCGAAGAUCACAACGUUCUUGAACCAAUUUCGUUCCAUUGGAGUACCAAAAGGCCGUGAUGGUUUUCGUUCCAUUGGAAUACCAAAAGGCCGUGAUGGUUUGAGGGGUAUACAGAAACGAUCCGCGGUAAGUAAUAAAGUUAAUGCAUAUUGGCGACGUCACUAGCUGGGUCAACUUUUUGACAGUGAACGGGACCCUUAAAACUUCAUGUUUUGCUAUGCAAGAUUAGUCAACUGAAUAAUCGAUACAGAUCUGAAUAGAGCGUUUGCACAUGACGCCAUAACCGCCAUGUUGGUGUUCCAGUUCAAAAGAAUUUUAGACUCUUUUGUCUGGAACACCAACGUGGCCGCCAUGGCUUUUGUUGAUUUGGUCCCUGGGGAUGAGUCUACAAUUUGAUCUAUUUUGACGACAACUCGCAAUACAAAUCGUUACAGAAUCAAUCAAAUUUCGUGUAACUUCGUUUGCAUUGCAAGUUGUCGAAACAGGUUGUCCCGUGUAAAACAUGUAGAACCAGUGGCAUAGCCAGGGUUUACAAAGUGGGGGCAAGUUGAGCGCUAAAGGCGAGAACAAUGUAGGAGGGUCCGGGGGCAUUCUCCACCUGGAAAAUUUUGAAAUUCAGAGCCUCUGAAACGCUAUUUCGUGCAUUUUGGGGUGAGAUUUUACAAAAUUCAGAAGAUUAUAACAUUAUAAUUCGGUCAAGAAUGCCUGCGUCUUCAGUUAUUAGAUUGCGAGUAAUAAUUUAAACAUAUUUCGAAGGUGGUUCUGAAGGAGAGUGGGGGGGGGGACUCGUCCCCCCCCCCCCAUGUGGCUACGCCACUGUGUAGAACGGCAACGCGACGACGACGGUAAACAAACUCGUUGAACCAAACGACCGUAAAGAGAACCUGUCGGCUGUCGUCUAUUAUCCAUCGUAUGAAAUUAACACAGUCCUAAGUGAUUGAGGUUAAGGCAGAGGUUUAAAAGGCGAAAAGUGGAGUACCCGCAAAAAUUCAAAUAUAACAGACUUGGCCUCGUAGCUCAGUUGGCAGAGCGUUGGACUAGUAUCCCUGGGUUCGAUUCCCACCGUGGUCGGGCUAACCUUUCAGCCUGCUCGGUGUGGAUAUACACUCGGAGUAACAUAAAAAAACAUCAUAACAGUGAGAUGGUUCAAAAUCAGAUUGUACAGUACCAUAUAUAGGCUAGCAAUUUCAUCUCACCUCUUACAUUUUAUUUUCCUAUACAGGGCAAUAAGUGGGUCUAUAACUGCCUACAUGCAGGUCUUAACUACCAACACCGUAUCUUCGAGCUACCUACAUUCCAUUGUUGUAAAAAAUGCGAAUUUCCUGGCUUCUCUUAUUGUACGCGGAGAUACACCGCAGUCAUAGCACAGUCCAGGUGUAAUAGCGAGGCCUUACGAUGCAUUGCCCGCUGUAUAAAGCAGAGUACAAACAAGAAGAUUGGUGGAACAGUUGUAGAUCCCAGGGCCAGGAUGCUCGGACGCCCUAGAUCUCAGAAAUGUCCAAUGAAGCGCAAAAAAGUUGGAGGUUCGUACUGUCUUGAACGAUCCUGUAUCCGUGUGUGAACUGAACCUAAAGUCGUAUUUUGACAAAAUGUUGGCCACUACGAAGUUCGUCCAAAGAUUUGGUUAAAAAAAAUGCUGUUAAGAAUGUAAAAGACUAUUUAUAGAAGUGAAGACUAGAUAUAUAUGUAUAUAAUAUUUACCACCAUAAGUUAUGUAUGUUAGUUUAAAUUCGAUCUUUAAAAUUGAGCACUUUACAUUGCAGCACAUUCUCUAUAAGUACGCUGAACGUUUCGCAUGCACCGCAUUGAACUGAGGUAAAAUCAGAAAAUUAGAUAUUGUAUUAAAGGCCAACGCGCUUCAAAUACAAGAGCUGCCAAUGAUAUUAUUUUCCUAGUGUUCCUCCGAUAUGGGUGUUUAACCUAUUGGCCGCGGUGUUCCAUCUUAAGGUUACUCCACAUGAUGGAAACCCAUUUCACCAAAAUGCUCACCGCGCGCUCAAUUGAUUGGUAAUCGGGGCAAACUAAGAACUUUUAAGAAAAUUAAAACAAGUCUUGACCCAGAAAAAUAUAUUUUUGAAGUUAACAAUAUAAACAUCGCCAAGCAGUUACGAAACUCCGAAUCUCAGCCCACAGAUUAUACCAGUUGAAGUUGGUCGCUACAACAAUAUCCCAUAUGAGGAGAGAAUUUGUAGCCACUGGCACUGUGAUUUGAAUGAGGUUGGUAAUGAACAACACUAUUUAAUGCAAUGUGCCAGUACAAAAUUCACAGUGAUUAGAACGAACUUCAUUACCAAUCUUUUUCAAAUUAACUAUUGUUUUAGAUUUUUUAAUAACCAUGAUCUUUUCAUAUAUAUAUUAUGUCAAUGAAAGACAAAUCCAUAAAUUCACUACUUGCUAAAUUCUGUUAUGAUAUUUUAAAAACAUUUGACCAAUUGUAAGUUUGUAUCUUAAGCUCAUUUUCCAUAUACUGUAAUCAGUUUAUUUGUUUGUAAUUCGACAUAUCAGUAAGGCCAUAUAAAAAAAAUAGUUGGUUAGCGUCCUUAGCUUUUGCCAAAAAGUGGGCGGGCGGCCGCUUUUUUUUUAAUUUUUACUAAUUUUUAACGCCUUGGUUUUACUCAUUUUCUUGCGCAGUACAGAUUAUAUUUCAAAAUAUAAUUCAUACCGUCAUUUUCGCACGCAAAUUUCGCAAAUUAUUAACACAAUUGACUACAGUCAACAGAAAUACUACAUAUAUUAGAGCCCGUUGAUCAAUAAAAGUCGGGUUUUUUUAAAAUAAAAAAUAAAAAAAAAUCCUGAGCGGGGCCUUUUUUGUGGGCGGGCGGGGACGCUAACCAACUAUUUUUUUUUAUGUGGCCUAAUGGUAUUUUUUGUAUGAAUAAAGUUAUUAUUAUUAUUGA